UUUGAAUAUGCACGAGACUUGAGUAGGCCUGCAGUCACUGCACGAGACUGAAGCUAAGCUACUAACAUAGGUCUGCAGUUUCACAGUUUGAAGUUUCCACAACACGGCACGGGACUUUCAGUGGUGUAAAUUACUUUGUGGAUGUGGUGGAUAGACAUCGCACCAUCUUUUAUCAGAAGUCGUCUUAAAAACCAUUAGCUAAGCCAUAUUGCAGCUAGAGCUCAAAGGCAUUCCUUCUGACUAUAAUGGUGAAUAAUUGAUGCGCUGGCACAGGUAGCACGCUAGGAAGGUAACAGGUGAAAUCCGACAGUGUACGAAACGAGGCCACUGAAUUUACAGAUUACCGGUAUAUUAUUUCUGUAAAUAGUUUUCCACAGUACGGGCAGUAUGAAGACUUCUACAGCGGUGGAUUUAGACAAGCUCGUCAAAGACUUCUCUCUGUUGGAACAGAAAAUGACUGACCUGAAGACAGUGAAUAGCAUCCUUGAAAUGAAACUGGAGGAGGCCAAUCGAUUUCUGAGAUUCUCCCAAACAAAGGAAAAACAUUUGAUGGAAGACAGGAAUGGGUUACUGGGGACAAUUCAGGGACUCCACCAAACCCUCCAAACGCAGUGUGAUUUGAGAGUGGAGAAUGAAAUGCUGAGCAAGUCAUUGUCUGAUCUGAAGAAGGAGAAGGAAAAAAUCAAGGAGGACUGCAGUGUACAAAUAGAGGCCCUUGAGGCUGAGAUGGCAGUUGUACAGGAGGACCACCAGAGGGCACUGGAGGACGCCCAACUGGAGACUCAGAGAACAUUGGAGGAGAAAGAGAGGGCCAUUAGAGAAAUGACGGAGAAGAAAGAGCAUGCGGAGGAGGAGCUGAGGAGGAAGAUCAGGGACCAGGACAAAGAGAAGCAGAGCGAGAUGAUUAAAAUGCAGAUGGAGUUCAAUGCCAAGCUUGCCAGGGCUCAGAGCGCGACCAUAACACCCCAGCAGAAUCAAAGCUCCAGUCUCGCAUCCCAAAACAUCUUCAAAAGGAAGCUGCAGUUUAUUCAGGAGGAGAAGAAUCGCGAAAUCCAGGCCUUGCAACAGAAAGUUCGAGAGCUGGAGCAGCAACAGAUGCUUGGAUUCACAGAGUCCCGCCUAAAAAGAAGGAAGAUGUAACAGGCACGUGAUAAACUUACCCCACCAUCAGACUGGAUUUAAUAUUAAGCCUUUACCUUUACCUUACCGCAUGGUGGAGGAAGAUGUUAUCAGGCACGUGGUUCAAUGUUGAGCUCUUUCACCACAGAGUGAAGGGAGAUGUAACCAGGAUGUGAGAAACCUACUGCAAACACCUAGUGUUUAAUAUUAAACCCUUUAUUGCGUAAUGCGUUACAGGUUCCAUUUUCAUAGUAUGAACUAAUACAAAGGUUCAGUGUAUAGUUUAUGAGUAGUUCAAGUUAGUGUACAGUAAUAGCCGCUCACAAUGUGGAAAAUGUAAAAUAGUUAAUUGUGGGUUUUGCAUAUAGCCAACAGGCAAUUGACAGAACUGCUAAAUCAUUCAUGGAUAUCACGUUGUGUAUUUAUUGCUAUCUUAUCUUUUUUUUUAAAGAAUCAUUCUGUAUAUUCAUUUUAAUACGUAAUUUAAAGCUUUUUUGUAUUGAUAGCUGAUCUUUUAGUAAGAAAUACACCAUAUGUUCAUUUUAAUAAGUAAUAAAAAAGCAAUUUAUGUGUUAAUCUGAUUCUGAA